UUUUGUUUGAGACAGAAGAUAAUUUAAACAAGAAACUGAAUGGUGAUGAGUAAGCAAGGAGAAGUGGUGUGUGUGACCGGCGCCAGCGGCUUCAUUGGCUCAUGGCUCGUCCACCUUCUCCUCAGCCGUGGCUACGUCGUCCGCGCCACCGUCAAAAAUCUAGGAGACGAGAGAGAAACGAAGCAUUUAGAAGCCAUGGAAGGAGCUGAAUCCCGCCUUCGCCUCUUCCAGAUUGAUCUGCUUGAUUACGACUCCAUUUUUGCCGCAGUCAACACCUCUUCCGGCGUCUUCCACCUCGCUUCCCCUUGUAUCAUCCAUCAAAUCCAAGAUGUUCAGGGGGAGCUGCUGGACCCAGCAAUUAAGGGGACCAUAAAUGUACUAAAAGCAGCUAAGAAUGCUGGCGUUGGGCGCGUGGUUGUGACGUCUUCUAUAUCUGCCAUGAUCCCAACUGCCAAUCAUCUGGAAGACGCCGGUGAAGGCUGCUGGAUUGACGAGGAUUACUGCCGCCAAAAUGGGUUUAUGUACUCUGUUUCUAAAGCGGCAGCUGAGAAAGCUGCAUGGCGAUUGGCGGAGGAAGAUGGCGUGGACGUAGUGGUGCUGAAUCCAGGAGUGGUGGUUGGCCCUAUACUCCCCCCACUCUUAAACACUAGCAUGACACUCAUCCUUGACAUACUUCAGGGCAAAGAAUUUCCAGAACACCUGUUUAUGGCAUUAGUACAUGUGAAAGAUGUUGCUCUUGCUCAUAUACUCUUGUAUGAGAACACAUCUGCUGCUGGAAGGCAUCUCUGUGUCGAAUCUUUGUCUCGUUAUGACGACUUUGCCCAACAUAUGGAGAGGCUAUACCCUCAAUACAAGCUGCCCAGGUUUCAUGGGAAAAAUGGACCACUCAAGUCCAAUGCUGCAUCCAAGAAGCUCAUAGAUCUGGGCUUGGAAUUUACUCCCAUGGACCACAUUGUUAAGGAUUCUGUUCAAACUUUGACGACCGAAGGAUUUCUUUCAUGAAAAACUCAACUCUACUAUCAAUAAUUGUGGGCUUUCCUUUUGAUUCAUACUCCUACUUGCCAACACAACUAUAUGUGUCUGUUGAUGUAAAUUUUAUCACAUUGCGCUGCUGUACUAAUAAAUUGGACUAUUUUAUUUCUA